CCCGAGGCCCCGCCCACGGGCCGGCCUUCCGCUGAGCACGCUCCAAGAUGGCAGCCCCCGUCACGCGGUGCGGGAGCCUCCUGGCGCGCAAAGGUGCGCUGCCCCGGCUCUCCUGGGCAGGUAAAAGAUGCCUUCUCUCUGCAGCAUAUGUGGACAGCCAACGCUGGGAGGCGAGAGAAAAAGAAGUGUGUCACCUUGCUGAUCUAGCAGCCUUAAUGGAUAAAACAUAUGACAGAAAGUUGCCGGUUAGUUCUUUAACGAUAUCCCGGUUUGUGGACAACAUUUCAUCUCGAGAAGAGAUAGACCAUGCUGAAUAUUACCUUUACAAAUUUCGACAUAGCCCCAACUGCUGGUAUCUGAGAGACUGGACUAUCCACACCUGGAUUAGGCAGUGCCUAAAGUAUGGUGCGCUCGACAAAGCCUUAUAUACUCUUGUAAAUAAGGUUCAGUAUGGAAUUUUUCCAGAUAACUUUACAUUCAAUUUACUCUUGGAUUCUUUCAUAAAGAAAGAAAAUUACAAAGAUGCUUUAACAGUGGUGUUUGAGAUCAUGAGACAGGAAGCCUUUGAAGCACCUUCCACCCAGCUUCUCUCCCUCCAUGUCUUGUACCAUUGCCUGGCAAAGAAGACAGACUUCAGCUGGGAAGAGGAGCGGAACUUCGGCGCCUCCCUCCUGCUCCCAGGCCUGAAGCAGAAGAACUCUGUGGGCUUGAGUUCCCAGCUGUAUGGCUAUGCCCUCCUUGGGAAGGUGGAGUUGCAGCAAGGGCUUCGCGCUGUGUUCUACAACAUGCCUCUGCUGUGGCGGCCAGGCUACCUGGACCGGGCCCUGAAGGUGCUGGAGGACGUUGCCGCCUCCCCCGAGGACAGUGGGAAACUGUGUAAAGAAGCGCUGGACGUGCUGGACCAAGUGCUGAGGGCCCUCACAGCUCCAGCCGCUGAGCGUUCUGAGAGACAGCCCGAGGAGGGAUCUCCCAGCCCGGAGCCGGAAAUGUGGACGGAGCAGCUGGACAUAGAGGAAACAGAGCAGUCCAAGCUUCCCCGGUACCAGGAACGAUUUCAGGCCUUACAGUCGAAGCUUCAGGCUUUGGGCAGAGUUGAGUCUGGAAGUCUCUUGACCCUGACGAGCAAGCUGGUGCGAGAGCAGCUCCCUGGCUGCGAGGCAGAGGACAUCCAGGCCUACGAGCAGAGGCUGCAGCAGUGGCGGCAGGAGCAGGUGCAGCUGAUCCAGAGGGAGCAGGAGCAGAGGGAGAAGGCAAAGCAAGAGCACCGGGCGCGCAGGGCUGCGAAGGCGUCUGCCUAACAGGGCACGGACCCUGCCCGGGAACUUUCACGGUGACCCCAGCCUUUUCUAUAAGAGCCAAGGUGGGGGUCCCAAGAGAGAGUUUGGAGGGUAAGGCACUUGCCUUGCACGGGGCCGGCUCCAGUUCAGUUCCUGACACCAGAUAUGCCCACCCCCUCUGACCCCGCCCCUGAGCACCACCAGUCAUGAUCUCUGAGCACAGAGCCAGGAGUAUGAGCAUCAUCGCGUUUGGCCCCACAGUGAAAAUAAAAGCCAGGAUGUUCUGCAAACGAAGGCUCCGGGUCACCUGCCUAGAUGCCAGGGAGGGCUACAGCAAAUGGCAAGUUGUCAGAAUAAGACCACCAGCUGACUAGCUUUAAUUAGGAACUCUUGCGGGUGCUGAUGGCAUUCGAGGGAGACAGGGCUCACUUGUGAGCAUUGGAAGGUUCCUGAUUUUGCCUCACGGCACAGUGGUGUGCUUUCAUUCAGAAUCGUGCUCUUUUUGUCAACAACGUACGGACAGAGUGCUGGGAGAGGCGUUGGAUUUUUACUUUAUUAAAACAAUAUGAUUUUACAAAGUUGUUCAUAAGUUGUUUCAGACGUUUAGUGUUCCAACACCACCAUCAUCCUGGCAGCCACAGGGUUUUUUUGAACACAGGGGUUUUUUUGUUCACUUGGGGCCAGACCCAGCGGUGGUCAGGAGCUACUUCCAGUGGUGCUCGGGGGACAGUGUGGUAUUGGGGUCAAACCUGGAUGUCCCGUCUGCCAAGCAUCCACUCCAGCCCUUUGAGCCAUCUCGCAGGCCCACACACUGAUUUCUGAGUGGUGCCCAGCAGAGGGGAACUGCUUGUCCAGUUCCCUGUGUCCCUUUUCAUCUCCUCCUUAGUACAAGUCCUCCCCGGAGCUGGGGUGCAGUGCCUACAUGCCCCACACACAUACCCCACCUUUCCCCUUCCCCCGGGCCUCUCCCUUCCAGCCUGACCUGGGAGUUUAGUACAGGAACCGACAAAAUACCGUUGAUCCCGCUGACUCUUACAUUUCAGGACCCACCGUGGCAUUUUAUGAAUAAAAGCUUUUGAGUGAGUUAGCCUCAGUUCCAGAGCCCCCUUAGCAUCUGUAUGUCGGUCUCUGCUCCUUCAUCAAGUAGGUCAAACAAGACCCUUGUGUAGACAGGGGCCUGUUCACGCUCGGGCACACAUACAGCUCGUGCCCAUAUGUGACAGAGAAAUUGGAGAAAAUGAGAGCGGGGCCAGUGCCAGUAGUUCACUGGUGACCAAAGUGACUGGACUCUUCAGUGUGAGCUCUGGGGUCCAGGAGAACAGCUCCUGCUCGCUCUGUGAUUUUGCCUCUCAGUACAGUGGUGUGCUUUCACUCAGAAUCAUGCUCUUUUGUCCACAUAUGGAAAUAAAAACUCUGGGAUUUCUUGUGGUGUUUUCUUUCUCUGUGGGGGGAGAGGAGGAAGUAUCAUGCCAUUUUCAUUAGGAUUUUGAGUAACACAUUUUCAGUGCUCUGUUAAGUGAUUU